AGAGGAGAGACUAAAGAGAAGGAAAUGGCAAGAGAUGUAAGGCAAGUGGUUGCUGGUUUACUAACAGGUUCUAUGCUUAUGAUGCUUUGCAAUAUGGUUAAAAGAGACCAUUUUGAUCCACUUGUUGUGGAAAAUCUAUCUGUCCAAUAUGAUGUGAUUAAAGUUUCGAAGCAAAGCCUUAUUAAACUGUCAGAUACAAGUAGAGGAUCACUUCUGAUGGAAAAUCAUUCCCUCAAACCUUGCUGGAGGAAGCCAUUGACAAUAAAUGAAGAGCAAUCUAAAGGCUACAUCUUCUUCACUCUUACAGAAAGCUUAGAAGAUCAUGUGUCACAAAUUGCUGAUGCAGUGGUUGUGGCCAGAUACCUCGGAGCAACUCUAGUCCUUCCUGAAAUAAGAGGAACCAAAACAGGACACAAGAGGCAAUUUGGAGAUAUUUAUGACAUAAAGAGAUUCAUGACAAGUUUAGAUGGCAUAGUUCAAAUUGUAAGAGAUCCACCAACGGAAUCAUCAAAAGUGAACAUCACUAACAUAAAGGUGCCAAGUAUGGUGACCAAAGACUUCAUUGCAUCCAAAAUUCAGCCAAUUUUCAAAGCCAAAAGAAACUUAUUUCUUUCAACUGAAUUCCAAUCUUCAAAUUUGGCAAAGGCCAAAGAGAUAGAUCACAAUAUAAAGAUGGACCCUUUUGCAUGUUUAGCAAUAUUUGGAAGUCUUGAGUUGCAACAAGAGUUAAAUCAAUUGGUUAGUACAAUGGUUGGGACACUAAGAAGUUUGAGCUAUAAAACAAAUGGACAAUUUGUUGCUGUGGAUUUGAAGGUUGAGGCUUUGGAAAGUAUGUGCAAAGGGAAUGUGAUUAAAACUAAGCAAUGUUAUAAUGCCAAAGAGAUUGGUGAGUUUUUGAAGAAGAUUGGUUUUCAAAGGCACACUACUAUUUACUUGACUCAAAAUGGAUGGCAUAGCAGUAUUGAUGCUUUGAGAGAGAUCUUCCCCAAUACUUUCACCAAGGAUGCUAUAAUUCCAGCAUAUGAGAAGGCUAAAUACCAGAUAACCAAAAGUCCUGAAUUCGAGAAAGUUAUCGACUUCCAAAUAUGUACACAAGCUGAUGUUUUUGUACCAACAAUUUCCAAUCUUUUCUACACUAAUGUUGUGGCAAAAAGAAUUGCCUUAGGAAAGACAGAGGUACUUGUUCCAACAAAAAAAGUUUCUACUUCAUCUGCUGCAAUGGAGUAUGUAUCUCCCUACAUUUCCAAGAAAUCGCACUGGGCUUAUUCUUGCUUCUGUUGAUCAGUCAUGUUAUAAGUGUAAGAAAAUUGUAUCUGGUUUUGUUUAAAGUCAACAUGUGAGAGAAUUGUAGAUUAAUUAGUCUAGUCCAACAGAAAUAAUAAGAUGUAUGUUGUAGCUUUCAGAAGUAUGUUUAGCAAUUGUAAAUCUUGUAGUUUUGAAUGUCUUGUUUACC